AAGUGCUUAUGGACCCGGCAGUGACAGCCAAGAUGGCCGACACCAAGGCUCUGGGUGAGGUGAAGGCGCUGGAAACCUUCUACACCACCCUGCAGACAGAGCCUGCCAAAGCCUUCUAUGGAGUGAAACACGUUGAAGCUGCCAAUGAGAGCCAAGCGAUCGAAACACUUCUCAUCUCCGACAACCUGUUCAGAUGUCAAGAUGUACAAGAGCGCAAACGCUACGUCAGCCUAGUGGACAGUGUCAGAGACAGUGGGGGAGAUGUUAAGGUGUUCUCUAGUAUGCACGUCUCGGGUGAACAGCUGAUGCAGUUGACAGGAGUGGCAGCUAUUUUACGCUUUCCGAUGCCAGACUUGGACGACGAAGACGAAAGAGAGGGAAGUGACUCAGAUUAACUUUCCUGCGUCUCAAUUUCCGGACAAAAUAUUAUUCCCAUUUACCUUUCUUUUAUUUAUUUGUUGAAUUGUUUUAACGUUGAAAUGUUUGUUAGCUUGUAUAUUAAAAGAGACUAUAUGUAAAAAAAAUCAAUUACUGAAUAUUGAAAUGUAAUUUCAGCUGAUUUCUGGAACUCUGGUUGUCAGAUAUUUUGAUAUUAAGUGUGGUAAAGGCUGAAGUAUGUGUCGUCAACUCUCACGAGUGCAUGUUAUGGAAAAGUAUUAUAUUUAAAUUGUCCUAUAGCUUAGUUGUAAUCAUGGCUGAUUUUGAUGGAAGACUACAUAUAGAUUCUCACUAUUUUGUUAUUUAUUUUUGUGUACUGAUUAAUAUUUAUAUUUAUUCAUCACAAUUUGACCUGAAAUGGUAUUGUAACAAUUAAAUAAUAAUAAAUAUUGUACAAAUUAUUAAAAGAACGAUUAAGAUAUAUACCCUUAAUUGAAAUAAUGAACUCUUACUUAAGAUUUACCUUGAAACGUAAAGUGGAAAAUAGUUUUUUAUUCCAUUUAUUUAUUUAUAUUUAAAGUUAAUAAUUUGUUAAAUAUUAUUAAAAGACCUGUUGACAACUUACACAUAUAUAAUGGCUGUGAUAGUAUUUGCUAUUUGAAUGAUAAUAGUUUAUCGGUACAUCAUAAUCAAAAUAUCUAUCAUGCUAGAAUGAAUUGUGUUCUAUUUUUAACAAUUCAUUUCUUGAGCUUGUAAAUAGGUUACAACUUUAAUAAAUGUCAUGGUAGUAAAAUACAUUCUUCAUUUUCUGUAAAGAACUUUAAAGAUCUGAAAGUAUGAUUAAAAUUGAUAAUUAUGUGUUUGUUUUUACAUAGUAUCAAUACAGUGAAUUUACAUAAUAUUAACAAUAAAUCUAGAGUAAUUUCAUAGCAAAUUACUCAAAAUAGUGUAUUACACUAUGUGUACAAUAAUGUGCAUCUUCAAUAUACUCCAUAUAAUACAUAGAUUUGAACAUAAUAAGCAAGCUAUUCCUUAUAUUCUGUAUACUAGUAUCAAGCAGAGAAUGAUUAGCCAAAUGUGUAAUUGAAUACGGGAGAUUAUUAGUUAUUAAAAUCCAAAUAUCUUUGUUUAUUGGUUUUUUUUUUUUUUUUUUUUUUUUUUUUUUUUUUUUUUUUUUUUUACAUACCAUUAUUUUAUACACAUUCAAAAAAAUAACUUUAGAAAACUAGCUUUGCAUAGAGUGUUGAUAUAUUAAUGUUGGAAUCACAGUAAAGUACCUUAGUAAUUGGAAUUUACAAUAGCAAUCCUCGUUAAACAAGGGUGUAAUGUCUUUGUUUGCUAUGUACAUUUGUGUAAGUUGAAGAUCAUUUUUCAUUUUACUGAUUUAUAUUGAUUACUAUAGUCACCUAUGCAUUUUACAUGUACAUAUAUAAAAACAUAUUUUAAAAAACUCCUUAGUAAAUUUCUUAUGUUUUAUUGUUUAUUUAAAUCUUAAAGACUGUCCAAAGUAAAGUUAUAGGCCUGUAUAGCCGUUAUGUAUUAUACAAUGAGCAUUGUUUUGUGUAUUGUAAUGAUGUUGCAGAUAAUAAUCAUGAUUGUAAAUAAUGUGACAUGUACAAACAUAAUAUCAAUACAAAAUUUCAACUUGG